AGUGGCUCCAAAACAUGUCAGAUCUAGGGGAAUAGUUGAGGCUGCAAAGACGCGGCCGCUCCAUGGACCCACAAUCUGGCCAAAGACCCCAAAGUAGAGUUGUUCACACGCCAUCCUCAGAGCAGGAGUCACUCGGCAUCCGCACAUUCCAUCCUGACUCUGCGGAUCAGACUGUGGUGAUGGAACGGAAUGCGGAGGAGCUCAGUAGCGAUGUGACUGACGUCAUUUUCCAGACCGUCUUGCGGGAGUCGCCAGCAAAUGUUGCCCUCAAGGAACAAGCGACAAAGCUGGAGGCUGACCUGGAAAACGCCAAGGGUGAGAUGGAGCUUGCUGCUCUCAAGGAGGAGGAGCUUCACAGUCGCUUGAAGCAGGCGCAAGAUACGUCGGAGGAGCUCCGAGAACAAGUCAAAAAACUGAAUGAACAGCUCGAGGAAGCACGUGGACAUUCAGGAACCAGGGAUGGCGACAGCGAUGUGGGAAUGCUGCGUGCCAAGGUAAGCGAAUUAGAGACAGAAGUCUCAGGUUUGCAACACGAGCUUUCCAUUCGACAGGCAAGCACCGUGGUCCCAGGUGACGGCGAGCAGAUGAGCUUCUCAGCUGCAGCUUCUGAGGAGAACUCACUGCUUGGUGCUGCAUACCAGCAGAUUUCGGUGUUGAAUACGCAGCUGGCGCAUUUGUAUACCGAGCUCACCAUGGCCCGAACAGAGGCCGCCAGUCUCAGAGCCGAGAAAGAGCAGUUGGAGGCGGAUGAUGACGGCAGCGCCAACGCUGAGAAGUUGGCUGCAGCGGAGGCAGCUACUGCUGCGGCUCAAACUGAAAAUCAGCGACAAGCUGGGCAGAUCGCAGAUUUGGUGAGUGACAUUCGUCACCUGCAGUUGGACCUGGAGUACCACCAGCAGAAAGUGGACCAGCUUCUGGAGGAGAAGCAGAUGAUGAUGAAGGACAUGAAAUCAUUGCAGCAGGAGGUUGCCGAGGCGCGACAGCAGUUGGAGGAAAAGGACCAACUUUUAAAGCAUCAGGAGGUUGACCUCAUGCACUACCGUCAAAUGGAGCAGCAAAGCCCUCGUGCAAAGGAGAGUGACGAAGGCAUCAUUGAUGCUCUCCGGACAGAGGCUGCGGCAAAAGAUAGCGCCCUGAUUGUUUCUCACUAUGAGCUUCACAAGGAAAAGUUGAUGCGAGAUCGACUAGAACAAAAGAAUCUGAAGCUCAUGGAGAGAAUGCAGAAGCUGAUGAUGGUCGUAGAAACAAUGAGAAAAGACAAUGUGAAUCUGGAGCGGACACUCGCAUCCAAAGACAGGAUGUACGAAGAGAAGGAUGCCCAGCUCAGAAUCAUCAUGCAAAAGUUACGGCAAGUGCAAAAGAGCCAGAAGGGUGGAAAGCCAAAAGUUGCUUCGAAGCCCAAGGCUCCCGUCUUGGAGCUGGAGGGCUCGAUGCAGAACUUGCCUCUUCUGGAUUCUGGAAGACGCAGUGGCUCUGCCAAUGGUCGGCGGAGUGGCCAAAACACGCCUCGAGCUUCAAAUGGGUCGCCCUAUACAACCCGCCCCUAAAGGCGAGUGCGGUGCCCUUGAAUUGCUGCUCUUGGUGGCCAAUGCCUGAAUUCCAUUGCUGAUAUUGCUGCUGAAACCAUCGUCAGUGUAGGAUGCCUGGCAAGCUGCGAGAAACCUCUCCGUUGGAGCAUGGCGGGAGAAACCUCCGCUGAUGCUCCAUCCCAGUUGGUUCAUUCGAAUUGUUUGGAAAGACAAUGUGAAACAUUGUGAAACCUAAUUUCACAUAGAACCUCACGUCGCCCUUGCUUUGGCUCGCUUUGAUAAUGUGUCAGAGUCGUCUCACUGGGUGAUCACUGCUGACUUGAGCAGUGACCCUCUCAGCGUGUUUUCGUGGGCUCAUGGGACAGAGGCACUGCGCUCGAUAAGAUCGGCGUGUCCUCUGCUCUUCAAAUCGGAGGGCUUGCCCAGUGCUUGAAACUGUCAAAGAUGACAAAUCGAGUUACAAGUCUUGUAGAAUCUUG